AGAAUCGUUAUUUCAAGUCAAACGACUUCACGGCAGCUGCGCAAACAACAAUAAUUUUUAAUCAAAUUAAAGAGACACAUAGGUUAAAAGCCAUUAAUGAGGAGAUACUAGCACUUAAUAGUAACUCAAAAAUACAAAACUUAACUCUACUUCUCAAUAAACGCGCUAAAGUAACUCAAAAUGUUGAUAUACCAUGCAUCCAGCAUAAUAACACUUUUAUAUACGACUCUAAAACUAUGGCAGACCUUUUCAGUGCUACUUUUGCGAAUGAUGUAGGAACCACAAGUGGCUCUGCUUCAAGAGAUACGUGCGUGACCAGCAACUACAUAAAAUCUAUCUCCUUCACAUGUAAGAAAAUUAAUAUGGCUAUAAAUGCCCUUAAGCUUUCGCGCGGUCAUGGAGCAGACGGGAUUCCAUCCUUUCUCUACAAAUACGGUGGUCCAGAUAUUCCACUUCUUCUUCUAAAGCUGUUUACUCUCUCUAUGGAAACUGGUUCUUACCCUUACUGUUGGAAAACCGCGUACAUCAUACCACGUUAUAAAUCUGGAGAUAAGACUGACAUGAACAAUUAUCGGCCAAUAAAUAUUACUCCAGUGAUCUCUAGGAUUAUGGAGAAAAUUGUAAGUGAUGAACUUUCCAACUAUUUACUCGCUGGAAACUUUAUCAAUGAUACUCAACAUGGAUUUCUCAAAAAUCGAUCUUGCAUGACAUGUCAUUUCGACUUCUUUAAUUUAGUCUACUCUCUACGUAGCCAAGGAUAUCUAGUCUUAGUGCUAUAUCUGGACAUUUCUAGGGCCUUUGACAUGGUUAACCACCAACUUCUUAUAGGCAAACUUGCAUCUUAUGGGGUUCAAAAUCCUUUGCUAGAUUGGAUUGAAUCAUUUCUCAGCAAUCGACAUCAAAUAGUUAAAAUUAACUCUUCAUUGUCUAACGCUGUCCCCGUUAGAAGUGGUGUAAUACAAGGUAGUGUCUUAGGCCCUUUGCUCUUUUUAGUGUUUAUCAAUGACAUUUGCGAAAAUUUUUGUGUAGGUAAGCCCCUUCUAUAUGCAGAUGAUCUUAAACUAGUAUAUUCAUUUUCUCCACAUGAGCUGGAAAAUGUGCAAACUUGCAUUAACUUGGAGCUUAACAAGGUAGCACAGUGGUGCUUAAAAUGGCAACUGGAACUUAAUACGGCUAAAUGUGGAUGGAUAUGCUUCGGCGAUACAUCACUUAACCUAGACCUUACCAUAAAUGGAGAAAUGUUAACUAGGUUACAUACAGUAGUAGACUUGGGACUUAGAUACUCCCAAGACUUAUCGCUUACAGAACAGAUAUCGAAACAGACCUCCAAGUCACAACGACUAGUAGGUUACAUAAUUCGAAACCUUCAUAACAAUGAAUCACGAAUUUUAAUGUACAAAGUUUGUGUUCGACCUCUUCUAGAAUAUUGCACGUUUAUUCUUAGCAGUGCGCGCAUAAAGGAUAAAUUAAGGCUGGAAUCAGUACAGAGACGAUUUACACUUCGUAUUCUUGGAGCUGAUUGUUCCUUAACUUAUAAUUCUAGAUGUAAAAAACUAGAGCUAGACCCUUUAUGGAAGAGGAGACUCAAACUAAAUCUUAUUUUUUUCUUCAAACUACUUAAUAAAUUAUCCUUUACAUCCAAUCAUGUAAUUCAAUAUGCAGAGACUCCUCAUUAUGAAACCCGUAAUUCCUUGGCACUUGUGAAACUAACUUAUUCUAAAUCAUCUCUUUAUAUGAAUUACUUUGCCUGUAAAUUUUCUAGACUCUGGAAUAACCUACCAGAACAUAUCCGUACGAUUAAAUCACUCCCAUUAUUUGUACGUUGCAUCGAUGCAUAUUGCUCCUCCGAAAAUGCAUUGAAUGCUCUAGCACCCGCAAGUGUAUCUCACUCCACAAGUGUUAUUAUAGGAACUUUAAAUGUUUAGGCAUUUUUAUUAGUGCAUUCUCUGGAUAAAACCACCUACUCGCUGUCACUUUAUGUUAAUACCGUCCCCAGCUAGUUUAACUAAUUUGAAUAUCAUCAGCAGUAUAUCACUGUGUCACAUGACAUACGCAUUUUGAUAGAUCUGUUUGGCAUAUUUCGGUAAUUACUGCUUUGUUGUUCCGUGCUCUCUGUUUUCGUUUUAAUUUCUCUAGUUGUAGAUAUUUAUCAUUAAAUCGAUCUGGCACACGAAAUGACCUUAAUUACAUCGUUUAUAAAUCAACAGACAGUCCAGUUAAGAAAUAUUACAUGUUCCCGGCUGAUACAUUGGAUCGCUGUAAUACCCAAACAAUUACUGAGCUAGUAAACUUAAAACUCAUAACACAUUGUUUGUUCUGUACAUAUAAUGAUAUUUAUAUCAAAUUGAUCAUGCCUGUAAACUGGCGUGAAUUCUGUAAUUAUAAUUUUUUCAGAAUAUAAAUUAUUAUUAUU